CCAAUUAUUGGAAAGCCUUAGGUAAUGAUGAGUAUUCGUGUUCAGAUUUGUUGGCUGAUCUUAGAAAGUAUAAGCGAAUUGAAGAUCCUUUUGAUAUGGAAUAUAAAAAAGAAAGUGAACCAGCGCUUAAUUGGUGGCUUACAUUUGAUGAGG